UAAAGAAAAACGAAAUAAGACACAAAACAAAACGAAACUCGAAAAUAAAUAUCAGUAAUACAAGAAAACAACCGCUAAACGCAUAGUUUGACACAGAGUGAAAAACCGAUUGUUGUUGUGUUUAUGCACGUGGGGGUCUGGUAGUUUUUUGUGUGGACUAUUUGCUAAGCUCUAUUGUGGAUUGCUUGGUAUAGAACUAUUUGCAACUAAUACUGACUUGUAGUUAGUAAAAUGGGUAAAACGAGACGGAACCGCGUACGACUUGUGGCUAAUUCAAACCCUUUAGGGUUAAAUGGCGUUGCAGAUUUUUUAAAUGACGACGAAGAGUUAAUGGAAAACGGCUUGGGUCCAGUGGAUACAAUACGGGAGCAACUAUUAAAUGUUAAUGUGGAGGAGAAAUUGAAUGCUCUGCAAUCACUAGCGGUGCUAGUGCAAUCUGGCAAAAAGGAUAAACUAACUGCUAUUUGUCAGAGUGACAUUAUCCGUAUAGCUGCACCUUAUCUCUAUGAUCGCGAUCAGCCAUUACGGAAUGCAGCAGCUGGUGCACUGCGUAAUUUUACCGUUUGCAUGCCAGAAGUUUGUGAACUAUUUGUGGAACAGGAUGUGCUAACACCACUUUUGACUUUGCUGAAUGAAUACGCACAGAAUGGCGAAUGGGUGCCAAACUUUGAUGCAGCAUUAAGACAACUAGAUAUACGGUCGGACACAUUUUUGCAGGCUGUAAAUCUUCUAUGGAACUUGUGUGAAAGUUCUACACUUGCUUUAGAAACAUUUAAUCAGUCACAGUUAAUUGCAAGUCUUAUACGUUGUCUUGAUUAUAACAUUUUCGGUUUAGAUAUUGCAAUUUCUGUAGCGCAGUGCUUAUUAGUAGUAUCAGAGGGCAAUCAAAAAAUUUGGAAUGCAUUAACACAGCAUGUGCCUGAAAUUUUAAGUUUGCUUAACAUUACAGGAAGUUAUGGACACCAAUAUCUCCGGACAUUAGGAGCCGGAAUUUUGUCCAAUGUGCCAGCUUUGUCAGCAGCUUAUACUUGCAACAUAUUAAAUAGCAUUUCAGAAACCUUAGAAAUCGACAAUCAGGAAGCAUUGUCAAAUGUGUUGACUAAUCAUGGAGAAAACGACCAAAAUGAAAGUAUAUCAGUUCUGGACUUCAACGUUGAAAUGGAAGAAGAAGAGACCGAAGAGAGCGCUGCAUUACGAAGACGUCAACAAGAACUUCCUACACCAGCUGAAAUUGCUAUGAAGGAAGUCGGGAACUUAUUGGACGCUCAUCGUGUUGCAGCGGAAAUUAUCACGAACUUAGUAUCGAAUGAUGAAGAAGAGUGGGUCGAUUCAGAUGGAGAUGAUGCGUCCGAAGGUGAGGGUGUUAUAGACUACGAAUAUGAAUCUGCAAAUGGCAAUGGAAAUAUACAAAAUGAAGAUAAAUUACCUGAAGCGCUGGUGGAAAUUAUUAAAUCUUUGGGAAUUAUUGAGAAACUUUGGAAAAAAGCGCAAGUUCUACCUGAUAAUAUUGCGCAAGCCUUGAGGGAAGUCAGUGUAUCCUUGCUUAUUAAAGUAAAAAAUUUGCGUAUUUCAUCAUUGCUUUGCCUACAAAAUCUUUGCAAUGCUUUAAGCCCUGAAGACCUUGGUGGUGCCAAAGCAAUUUAUGAUGUUUGGGUGGAACUUGGUCAGCAAGUGUUCAAAGGUCCGCAAGACGUGUCUGUCAUGGAGCCAGCCACAUCGUUAAUGCGUGCUACCUUAGAACGGCUGAAAACAAACAAAGAACUGUUCAGUCAAAUGGUGGAAAAUGACUUGGAGUUAAUUUUCAAUGGUGUGAAGAACUGCAGUGUAGCUGAAAUUCGUGCGAAUUGGUUGCGUAUGUUAGGCACAUUGGGUUGUCUGUUGCCAGAAAAUUUAGUACGCAUAAUCAUCACAUUCAUUGUGGAAGCAUGUUCUGAUGAGGAAGAUGUGUGGACAAUUUCCGAGUCACUUGAUGCUUUAAUGGAUAUGUUUGCCGACAAUGACUGGCCUAAACUGAUUAUUGAAUUGAAUUUGCCAGAAGUGUUGAAGAAAUUGGAGAAAAUGUUCAAGAAUAAGCUGCGUCAGCAGCGCCGAGAAUUGAAGGAGCGUUAUCCAGCUGUGCAGACAGUGCGCACAAAUUUAACACGUUUCAUCCGUUAUAUGGAAACCGAAGCGGACAAAUACGCGAGAAGCGCGUAAUAUCCCGAAAUUUUAUAAACACACAAUAUAUAAUUUUCAGAUUCAUGCAAUGUACAUAAAUACACGCAUUUUUCAAUUUGACAAUAAACUUUUAUAAAUGAAAGCAACAUUUCAUUUUCCAUUA